GGCUGCUCCUGCUGCGGGUGGCUCUGGCUGUUGCUGUGGUUGCCGGAGUUGCGGCGGCGGCGGCGGCGCUGGCGGGGGUGGCGGCCCCGGCGGAUGUUGACAUUGUGUUGUUGUUCCUGCCCACGGUAAUGGCGGCGGCGGCGGCGGCCGGGACCGGGUCUCCUCAGUAGCCAGAGCCGACCCUGCCGAGCGCCAGCUCCGCGGCCUCCGCGCCCGCAGCCUCGCCAGCCGUUCCCCGCGGCCGCUCCAGAGCCAGGGCCCCGGGCCGGGGGCUCGCAGGUGCGGGAUGGCGGAUUUCGAUGAGAUCUACGAGGAGGAGGAGGACGAGGAGCGGGCCCUGGAGGAGCAGCUGCUGAAGUACUCGCCCGACCCGGUGGUGGUCCGCGGCUCCGGUCACGUCACCGUAUUUGGACUGAGCAACAAAUUUGAAUCAGAAUUCCCAUCUUCAUUAACUGGAAAGGUAGCUCCUGAAGAAUUUAAAGCCAGCAUCAACAGAGUUAACAGCUGUCUCAGGAAGAAUCUUCCUGUGAACGUGCGGUGGUUGCUUUGUGGCUGCCUGUGCUGCUGCUGCACGUUAGGCUGCAGUAUGUGGCCAGUUAUUUGCCUCAGUAAAAGAACACGAAGAUCGAUCGAGAAGUUAUUAGAAUGGGAAAACAAUAGGUUAUACCACAAGCUGUGCUUGCACUGGAGACUGAGCAAAAGGAAAUGUGAAACGAACAACAUGAUGGAAUAUGUCAUCCUCAUAGAAUUUUUACCAAAGACACCGAUUUUUCGACCAGAUUAGCAUUUGCUUUAUUUAUAGAGACUUUGCAAGUGUGUUGUCUUUCCAAUGGUGCCUUGCUUGGUGCUCUCCUGCUGGUGACAUGAUGCUGGUUCUACAGAAUGGGGUGGUGUUUUUGUUUGUUUUGUUUUUUAAAUAACCGCAUGUUCUGUGUGUGCAUAUUUGUCAGACUUUGCAAGUUAUUUCAUACAGAUGUUUAAUACUUAAGUUAUUGUGCUCUUUUCUGUUAUGUAUUCUGAUUUUCAAGGAUUACUUUUUGUAUUCUCAAAAAAAAAAUACAUUUGAACUUAGCAUAAAAAUGGCCAGACUUUGUUAUUUUGUCAAAAAGGUUCACACAAUCCUUUAUCAAUUCCUCAACAAAGAAAAGCAUACUUAUCUGCUCUAACAUGCUCUUGUACUUUUUUUUCUUACCUUUAGAAUUUGUCACAGUAGUUAUUUGAAAACAGUAAGUUUUCUCGCAUAGCCUUUUGAACCUGAGCUGACCUUUCUCAUACAGUUCCUGAUGCUCUGUCUGUCUUGGCAGAUACACUUUAGCUUUACGAAGAAGUAGCAAUGGUUUUGAAAAUAUCUCUGUCUUCAAAAGUGAUAAAUUUCCUAGAAGAGACACAUCACAAAUAGUGUGCCCACAGCAGCGGUUUCUAGGGCUCUGUGAGCUCCCUGUAGAGUAGCCUCUGUCUUCAGAGUUCCAGUUGGCAGGCAGGACGGCAGCCGUGCUUGAUGAGUUUGAAUUACCCCUUUUAAAAUUAAAAUGUGUUUCCCAUCUAACGUAAUUGUGGAAUGAAUGUGUUUCUGAAUAGUUUGGAAAUCAAAGUUCUAGAAUUAAAAAUUAUCUGAUACAACACCGAUGUAUUGUUAUAUAGAGUAGAUAAGAAAUAAAGGGUAUGUCUAGUACCAAUUUCAGUCUACCCAUUCACUUUCAAUCCAGUUAUAUAAUUUUGAUUGAAAAUUGGAUAUUUAAGUUCAGACCAGAUUAGCUUAUUACUUUUAAACAUACACAUACAUGUAUUUUUUUUGUUUGGUUGUAUAUAUCUCCACACUAUAGAUUUUUGAAUGGCCUAUGUGUAGACUUUGUUUUUUUAUAAGCUUAAAAUUAUACACGUUUUAAUGUGUGUCAAGAACUUGUUCCGUAUAGUUGUGGUAUCGAGCAAUAAUGUGAAUAACUUUGAAAUUAUAUAAACUAUGUUUAAUAAUUUGUAUUAAGAAUUGGUACCACUACCUUCCUCCCUGUAUUAAACCUUUUAAAUACCAA